UAAAUCCAGGAUUCCCCUCUUCUUCCUCUCUCUAGGGCCCUUCCCUCCUCCUCCUCGGGGUGGAACCUCCACCCACGCCGAGCCAUGCGGGUUCUCCAGCUGCUCUUGGCACUCGUGCUCAUUCUCCUCCUCCAGGGCACUCCGGCAGCCAGAGGCCUUUCAGACAGCCAGCAGUGCAGAAGCAGCCGCGGCCGCUGCCGGCGGCUGUGCUUCCACAUGGAGCGCUGGGAAGGGAGCUGCAGCAGCGGCCGCCUGCGCUGCUGCCGGUGACAGCAGCCACCCCAGUGCUGUGACAGCCCCAGGAGAGACACCCAGUGCUCCUGCAGCCAGAACUGUGCGCAGAGCCUGCCCUCGGACACCGCCGUGCCUCCGCUCGUCGCUCGGUUUGCCAAUAAACCACUUGGGUUUCUCUGUG